CUUGUGACUUCCGCCUUUCCUUAUUGGCCCAAGCUACAGCGAUGGAGCUCUCUUUCUUGUGGUUGACAUCAAUGAUUCGAGCAUCGAACUUUCCCAUGACGGUCUUCUCAUGAGCCACCAAAAGAGCAUUCCUUCCGCAGUAUCACCGAGUUGACGUUCGAGAUGGCAGUAACAAGGCGCGGCCUUUCUGGUCUUCAAAGGGAGGUUUUGGCACUCUAUCGACAAUGUAUCCGGGAAGUUCGGAAGAAGCCCGAGACUGCGCGACCUCACUUUCAAUCUUUUGCCAGGACAGAAUUUGAAAGGUACAUUACCGUCGACAAGCGCGACUUCUCCGUUGUAGAGCACUUGUUGCGGAAGGGCCGCCGCCAGCUCGAGACGUACUCUUCGCCAAGCAUCAAGGACAUCAGCCGGUAAAGAAACCACCAUCGUCAUGCCAAGUAAUCGGGCCUCUCUGCAUCCUUCUUCGCACGGCUCCGUGUCAGCUUAGGAAGGGACGUCGUUCUUAAUAUCCAGGGCCGCACGCAGGGAACAGGACCGACUGCCUCCCUUUUGUAUCACCACAUGUCUCUCCUAUGCUACUUUUUGUUACCUAGACCACAUGAUACCAACACAAAUUCUUCUUUGGAUCCAUCUCUAUCAUUCUAGUGCAGCGAGCAUGGACGAUGCUUGAGUGCGACAGAGUCUUCCGAGACUGCAAUUGUAUUUCCACUUGUUCACCC